AUGGCCUCGGUUUUGGAAGCAGUAUUGCUAUACGUCCUCGCUUAUUUCUUCCGAGUGCUGGACUACAUCAAGAUUUGGCGCACAUCGAAGUCGCGCACGAUUCGUAUGGACAACGUGCUUGUCGAGCACAUCCAGAUCCCUUCGCGUGAUGCUGGACGUACGAUCUCAGCUAUUCGGUACUCGCCUAAGGGCUUUGAAGGUCCUCUGCCUGUGCAUCUGAACUGGCAUGCUUCCGGAUGGGUUCUGAAACGCCUGGGCUUGGACCGUCACAUGUGUGUGCGUUUUGCCCAGGAACUGCGCUGUGUUGUCCUGGAUUGCGACUAUCGUAAGGCUCCUGAGCACAAAUUCCCUGCGGCUCACAAUGAUACGGAGGACGCCGUGCUGUACGUGCUGGCGAACCCAUCGCUGUACGACACAAAACGCAUUACUGUCGGUGGUUCGAGUGCUGGUGGUAGUAUGGCACUUUCGAUCAGUGCUCACCUUGGCCCUGAGCGUAUUCGUGGCUGUUUCUCACUGUACCCUGUCACCUACAUUACGGAGCUGGAGCGCACCAAGAAGACGCUUAUCGCGCCAAACCCACGCUUCCGCAGUGGCAUUGUCAUUCCCGACUUGGUCAUCAAAUUCUUUAUCCGUGCCUACGUGGGUAGCGACAUGAGCCAAAUCAAUGAGCCACGUCUCUCGCCUCUCUACUAUGAUGAGUCGCGCUUCCCGAAGCAUGUGUUUAUCGCCUGUGGUGAUGCUGAUUCGCUGUAUCCGAACGCUUGCAAGAUGUUGGACAAAUUGCAUCACCACGUUGGAUCUGAAUUACGCAGCACGCGCAAGAUGAUCUCCAUUCCGCAAGAAGCACACGAGUUCAACAACUUCCCGGAGGUGGACAUUUCCUACGAAUGGCGCCACAAGGUCGAAGACACAGCGAUGGGCAUGAUCCGUGCAUCCUGGCAGGAUUAA